AUGACUUUCAAUAUCAGCACGAUCGUAAACGGCACUGUAUACUCAAUGAAGAUCACGCAGAACCCGGAAGGCAAAAUCUACACCAUUGAUCGCCAGAGUGCGAAGACGUACGACGUACCCAUACCAGCAGGGUACAAUGGACACAUGGUUUUGGUGCUUGGAAGGGUACCAUCCCAGCCCGGUUUGGUCAGGAUAGUAACCAUCACGUCGAGCGUUGAUCCAAACGUGGAUUGGAGAGACUACCUUCCCAUUCGUCCAUCGAAGAAGAACCGGAGAACGGGGAUCCAGCUUUAUCUGCGCAGCUCUGCUGACCGCUGGGUAGAGAUGGAUUUGAGGUCAUACGCCAGGGUUGACACGGAGUGCACCGUUCCUCUCCAGAUUGUGAAAAGACACCAGAAGAAGGGUUGCAAUUUGAGCUUUCGAGCAAGUCUCGCCGAUCCGUUCAACAUUACCUCAAUGGACGCCCAACCCAGGCUGCUUUGGAGCAGCCUCAACCAAACAACUAAAAGCAGACGGAGAUGGAGAAGGCCAGGAAGGAAGUGGGGCCUUCUGAUGAUGCAGCUGUUUAGUACCCUAGCCUUCAAGCCUCCAAGGUAUCGCGAAGAGAUAGGCUUGCCGAUACUUCAAUGCUAG